CAAACACGAAAUCCAUCUAAACAUCUGUCAGGCACAAAGACAACAAUUGUCAGCAAUUUUUCAAUAAGUACAUUUUCCUGGUUAAAAUGAAAAAUUCAAGGUGUAGGCAUAUGUAGGGGACAUUUCGUGUUGAGUUUCGCAUGAGGAGUUGAGAUGGUCCGGUGGCGGUAUUUUCUGGUAGUGGCUUUGCUGCUACUUCUGCCGGUGAAGACUGGCUCUAAGUUGGAUGACGAUGAUGAAGAAGAGAACCUAGCUGGUGGAGGACCAGAGCCCGCUGCUGAGCCAGACAAACGCCCAGAUGAGUCUGACGAGGAAGAAGACGAUGAUGACGACGAUGACGAUGAAGAAACGUCCGAGAAGAACGACAGGGAACCACCGUCGACGGCUGCGAGGCGAGCGCCCACGGCACCAGUGGUGACCACCAAAGCUGCCACCAAAAUGUCUACUGUAACUAAGACGGAGAAGAAAAGACCGUUGGAGUGCUAUGUCUGUGCCUACAAGUCGGAAACGCCGAUGAGGUCAUGCCUGGAUCCCACAAAAUUCAGAGUCCAUACACUGACAUGUCACAGUGCGGACGACAAAUGCUUCACCUCGAUAAUCUCAAAACACAACGCCUACGAAGCAGUGGUCCGAGGAUGUCGGUCCAACUGCAUUGGGACCCCGGACACGACGUGUUGUGAGUUAAACCGAUGUAACAAUCAAGCCCUGGCAAUGCCGACGCCCGCGCCGAAGUCGCUAGUCGCAGCCGACACGGCCACAUCCAGUGCCCCAGAGAAGUCCCUACAACCUAAUGUACUGUUCUUUGUCACAAUUCUCCUAGUUCUCCAGACAGUCGUCCGGGUUGUUAUCGUAUAAAUGUAGGUCCCUACAUAUGACGUUGACAGAAACAAACCCAAUCAACUUUUUAUGUUCUUAAUUCACUUUAGUAUAGCCUGAUCACUUUAGUUUAUAUUAUGAUUGAUAGUUAGUGAAAAAGUGAAUCGAAGUGCUGUUUUUGUGACUGUAAAAAUUAUUUUGAUAAUGUUCGCGUAUUGUUUUUGUAAUAAAAUUUUUGAUCAUUGA